AUCGGGUAUGGACAGAGUCACUGAAAUACUAUGUGGGAAAAUUGGCUAUCUGAACCCAAGAAGUGGAGGAAGCCCUAUGAACCUUGAAUUUUAUCUAUCGCAGUAUCAAAUUCUAGAGGAACAACUCACUCCAGGCUUGAAAAUAGAUGGCAGGAAGGUGCUUGUCAUAAUAGGAGGGGCUGAUGCAGUCCACCGACUCCCUCUUGCGCCCUCACUUGUGAAUUCGCCGACUGGUGGAGAUGGCAGCCCCAGAUUCCUGCCUCUGACGGAAGUAAUUUCUGCACCAUUAUCAGCUUGCUUUUUCCUGAUGUUUUACCAGAACUGCCCUUUUCCUCUGUCUUCAUCCAGUAUUCAUAAACUACAGGAGCUUACAGGGCUUCCAGUUGCUAGAUUGAAGCCAGGUCCUCUACAUGAGUUGAUCGUUCAGUUUGCCCUUUCAGAAAAGCAUCCGCGUGGUUUGAUAACAAGUACUUCUUCCUUCAUUGUGGUAAAUAUACUCCAAUUGUUGAUAAUCACUCCAGUUGUUAUGAGGUCAGGAAUGAAGCUGCUAAAUGAGUCAUAA